CGAGAAUCGCUUUUCGAUUUCGUUAUCGCGACCACAGUCACAAAAUGCGCCACGACGUCCGAGUCGUUUCGUCUUUGUCGCACGACUGUCGUUGCUGAAAGCGAUUUUCGCGCGUUAAAACUUACUCUUUGUGCCGCUCGUCAAACACGUUUGUAGUGGAAACGUUCGCGUAUGAUUCUACCUACACUCGACAAUCCACAUUUCACAUGCCGAGGAGAUCUACGAUCGAGCGACUUCCUGGCACAUUUCUCGUCAACUAUCCAUUCGAAGUGUGUCGAGAUUGCAAUUUAUAAAGUGUCCUCGUCUAGUUCCGCCCCUGGUCGGAGCGAAGAGAGAGAAAUCCCGCGUACGCGGGAAGCGUCAGAUUCCCGAGACGUCGCUUCGGGCAAGCAGCGGUGGAACGGAGUGAGUCUCUCGCAACGUUCCGGGGGUAUAUUUUUAACUCGAAUCCGAUCCGCGCGAAUCAAGUCCGAAUCGCGAGCGGACACGGAUGCAGUGGUGUGAAACGGCGAAUUCACGCACCGUCCGGGAGGAGGGUCGCACGGUGCAAAUCGAUCGAUCGGAAC